AUGUAUAAAAAAUUUAAGGCAAAUGCCAUACGUAGGAAUUUCGUUGGAUAUGUUUCUGACAUUUGGGUGGGAAUGCAGCUAGUGGAGAAGACCUAUUGGAGGAUGUGCAACAACACGAGCAUUCUGACGGUGAAUGGUAGUUUCCCUGGGCCGACCCUCCGCGUUCGCAAAGGGGAUACUGCUUUUGUUAAUGUUCAUAAUCACGGGACCUAUGGCGUCACCAUUCACUGGUUCCUCUCUCCCGCUCUCGCUCGCUCGCUCUCUCUCACUCACUGUUUCCCUCUCUAUAAUAAUGCUUUGUGCUGCCUGCACGACCAGGAAAUUGUUAGUUCAAGCGGGGCGAUUAACAAUGGACACAAGUUCAGGGGCAUUAAUGUCCUCUUAUUUGUCUAA